AUGAGUGAAGGUCGGUGUCGCUCAUGUUUUGCCAACAGAAACGAUUAUUCUCCCAGCUCGACCAACGAUUUUGCGCGUCUACCAUAUGAUCGCCACCAGACACCGUUGAAUUUCCUGAACUUGAACGCACCAAAAGGUGCAAUAACACGACGGAAGGUGAUACUACUAGGAGAUACAUUAUGUGGUAAAACAUUCCUCGCAAGUGCAUGGAGUCAAGGGGAUGUUCCAGAAGAAGACACACCUGUGAUGAACCACUUCAUCAGAUCGACAAAGAUUAGGGAUCGUCAAAUCGAGCUUGUCAUCUGGGAUAACACCGGUAGAGAGGGUUACGAGAUGAUGCGCCGCCUUUCAUACGAGGAUGCGCACAUAGUAUUGAUUUGCUUCGACAUCAGUGAUCCAGAUUCGUUUGAAAACAUUGACUAUAUGUGGAGCGUUGAAGCGAACGAAUACCUCCGCGAUCUACCCAAGAUACUCGUUGGGUGCAAGAAAGAUCUCCGGAAUGACAACGCGAAGCUCGACAGCCUACGCCGUCAGCACUUCAUACCGAUAUCUCCAUAUGCCGCUGACCGGCUUGCAAUAAAAAUACAAGCCCUAGCGUACUUUGAAACAUCGGCCAUCAAGAAGCAAGGCCUCUCAGAGCUCUUCGACUACGUAGCUGAGGCUGCCUUGAGAACGGUUCCAAAGUCCAAGACGAGUGGUAUAAGAAAGGCUCUCUCGAGGGGAAUAUAG